UGCUCCUCAGGUGCAGGCGCUGACUUUGUGAUGAUGGGGGGAAUGCUUGCGGGCCACGACCAGUGCGUCGGAGAGGUCAUUGAGAAGAACGGCAAGAAAUACAAACUCUUCUAUGGCAUGAGCUCCGACACAGCCAUGAAGAAAUACGUGGGUGGAGUUGCUGAGUAUAGGGCGUCUGAGGGAAGGACAGUGGAGGUUCCUUAUAGAGGAGACGUGGAGAACACCAUCCUUGACGUGUUGGGUGGCCUCCGCUCCACCUGCACCUACGUGGGCGCCGCGAAGCUCAAAGAGCUGAGCAGGAGAACCACCUUCAUUCGUGUCACACAACAGUCCAGCCAAAUGUUCACGUCAUAGGGCGUACACAUACAUGCACACACCGGUUGCAGAACAUGCAUUGUACAUGCAUCAUGCCAAGUUUAAACACGCAAUAGUAAGACAGUGGUGCAACACAUACAGGACAACGACGCACACUCACAAACCACUUCUCUGCAUAAUCACCCAGCCUGUUUCUCUCAGGAUAUCUGCUGUCAGAAAGCUGUAAGUUCCCUGCACGCCGUGAGUAAAAGAAACUCACAGGUCGACUUCAAUUCUCCCAGAGAAGAAUCAAAGGACUCUAAGCAACUUAAUCCUACAGCGAGUGUGUUUACAUGCUUAGAGACACCAUAAGAUGCUAUUGAACGUGCCAGAUUUCAUUUUCAAAUGGACGAGAGAGAGCAAGACUACUGAGGCAUGUGCACUUUAGAUCUAUUACAAAAUACUCUUUUGACUUAGUAGUCAGGAAUAAAGAAUGACAGCUAUGAUAAACACAUUGCAUGUAAACACACUCAGCAGGAGGAGGCUAAUACUUAUGCUAAGAUCAUUUGGGGAAACUAUUCUACUCAAUUGUAUGUUGGAAUUAAUGUGCAAAUCAAUAUGCAAGACCCAGAGUGGUCACCCGUUAAAGGUCUGCUAAUUUCCUCCGUGGUGUUGCUCAUUCUGUGAAUUUGAAUCAUUGUCUGGAUGCCAGACAACAUAAUGUAUCCCUAUUAAGUGUGCGUGCAAGUAUUUUGGGAGUGUCAGGAAGAUUGAGCGAGCUGAAGAUGAUGACUUCUGAAUUUAUGCAUCCGAAAACAGUCACUUUAACUCCUCUUCCUUCAUUCCACUGUGCCUGACAUUUGAAAUCAAUAGCGCCCUGUGGCCUCUACUGCUCUUGUACUUUAUGGAAGGAACUUCAGGGAAAAGUCAUGUAAAAAGACAACAAAGUUAAACACCAUUAACACAGUUUCAUUGUUAUUGCAAAGAUAGAAAAUGGUGGAAAUAAACCAAAAUGGUUAGAGAACGAUCUGUGUGAUUUUUGU